UUAAAUGAUACUGAAGUUGACUGUCAUUGGUUACCUUCUCAUAGAGAGAAAAAAUGUUUCAUAGUUAAUAACUAGUGGAGAAAGGCUUACAGGCGUGAGGCUACAUUAUAUAAUUGUGACGUUGUAACGAAAGUCUUAUGCUUCCUGUGAAAAGGUCUCAGAAGGUCGUACUUGCACGCGUAUGCAAAUGUGAAAAUUAUUACUGGGCGUUGAUCAUGGCGUUAUUUUCUAGUGCAGAGUAUUAUUAGAUCAUCAGCCCAGCUUGUCAUUGCUGGGUUGAGGAUUCGGUUUUUGCCUUCCCAGGGAGGUUAACUCCUCUGCUGCCGCUGCACAGCGUCACUGCAGAGUCUAUGAAGAGUGGUGCUGUGUGCAGCUCCUUCAGUAGGAAGACAGUGGCGGAGCGCCCGGGGCUGGGUGAAGCGGCAUGGAGGCUUUCUGCAGCAAGGGUCGCGGGGAUGUGUUUUGGGAUUCAAACAAAACAUGGUAUACAGAUAAUCCAGACUUUACACACUGCUUCCAGAUAACCGUCCUAGUCUGGAUCCCUUGUAUCUACAUGUGGAUUUGUUUUCCAUUCUACUUUCUUUAUCUUCGUUAUAAUAACCAAGGUUACAUUAGGAUGUCAUUGCUCAAUAAAACUAAAACGGCUUUGGGGUUCACAUUAUGGAUAAUCUGCUGGGCAGACCUAUUCUAUGCUUUCUGGGAAAGAAGUAAUGGAUUUGGGCGAGCUCCUGUUUUCAUUGUGAGCCCUGCAGUGCUUGGGGUUACAAUGUUGGUUGCAGUUUUCCUUAUUCAGUACGAGAGGCUGAAGGGUUUGCAAUCCUCUGCUAUUCUUUUGAUCUUUUGGCUGCUUGCAUUGGUGUGUGCUAUUCCAAAACUCAGGUCAAAUAUAAUGGCUUCUAUAUACCAGGAACCUCUGAUUGAUAUUUUUCGGGAGGUCACCUUUUAUAUCUAUUUUGCUCUGGUAGUGAUAGAAUUCAUACUUUGCUGCAUAACAGAUCAUCCUCCUCUCUUCUCUGAAUAUGUAAAGGAUGCUAACCUUUGUCCUGAGCUAAGUGCUUCGUUCCUAUCAAAGUUAACUUUCUGGUGGUUUACAGGAAUGACAGCUCUGGGAUAUAAGCGACCAUUGCAGCCAGAAGAUUUGUGGUCUUUAAAUAAGAAGGAUGAAUCUAAAAAGAUUGUACCACAGCUCGUUGAAGAAUGGGAAAAGGAAUGUUCUAAAAUAACAAAGCCAAAAGAGAUGAUGUACUCUCCAAAGAAAUCAAGAAACUCAGCCAAAAAGGAACAGGAGAAUGCUGAUGAAGCACAAGUAUUGAUUUUGAAGAAGAAAGGGAACCUGAAGCCUUCAUUACUCAAAGCACUUUGUAAAGUUUUUGGACCAUAUUUUAUGAUGAGCUUUGUCUAUAAAGUGAUCCAUGACUUGCUAAUGUUUGCAAGUCCUGAAAUUCUGAAGUUGCUGUUGCAGUUUGUGAAUAAUGAUAAAGCUCCAGCCUGGCAAGGUUACUUUUAUGCUUUCCUGCUAUUUUUAUGUGCAUUUAUACAGACCCUCUUCCUCCAUCAAUAUUUCCAAAUAUGUUUUGUCACUGGAAUGAGACUAAAAACUGCUAUCAUAGGAGCAGUUUAUAGAAAGGCCCUUGUUAUUUCAAAUGCUGCAAGAAAAACCUCCACCGUUGGGGAAAUUGUAAAUUUGAUGUCUGUAGAUGCACAGAAGUUCAUGGAUUUGAUAACUUACUUAAACAUGGUUUGGUCUGCACCUCUUCAAGUUAUCCUAGCAAUGUACUUCCUGUGGCAGAACCUAGGUCCCUCGGUGCUAGCUGGUGUGGCUGUCAUGAUUCUAUUGGUCCCUAUAAAUAGUGUGAUUGCAAUGAAGACAAAAGACUUCCAGGUGACGCAGAUGAAGGAAAAAGACAACCGUAUCAAACUGAUGAAUGAAAUUCUAAAUGGAAUAAGAGUAAUAAAGUUGUAUGCCUGGGAGCUUGCAUUUAAAGAAAAGGUGCUGGACAUUAGAGAGAAGGAGCUUAAAGUGCUCAAAAGUGCUGCCUAUCUCUCAGCUGUGUCUACGUUCACUUGGGUCUGUGCACCAUUUCUGGUUGCUUUAUCCACAUUUGCAGUGUAUGUUCUUAUAGAUGAGGAGAAUGUGUUGGAUGCUCAGAAAGCUUUUGUUUCUUUGGCACUUUUUAACAUUCUCAGAUUCCCACUCAACAUGCUACCCAUGGUCAUUAGUAGUUUGGUACAGGCAAAAGUUUCUUUAGAUCGCCUGGAGACAUUCCUCUCUCAUGACCAACUGGACCUAGAUGCUGUGAACAGACAUUUCAAUUCAGGCUCAUUGAACAGUAUCAUUGUGAAUAAUGGAACUUUCAGUUGGUCCAAAGAGGAUCACCCAUGUCUUAACAACAUUGAUAUAGAAAUUCCUGAUGGCUCUCUUGUGGCUGUUGUUGGGCAUGUUGGAUGUGGAAAAUCUUCCCUGCUGUCUGCGCUGCUUGGGGAAAUGGAGAAAAUAGAAGGCUAUGUUGCUGUUAAGGAUUCAGUAGCAUAUGUUCCACAGCAGGCGUGGAUUCAGAAUGCAUCUUUAAGACACAACAUACUCUUUGGUGAGGAAUUAAUGGAAGAAUGGUACAAUAAAGUGGUUGAGAGCUGUGCACUUCUGCCUGAUCUAGAGGUUCUGCCUGCAGGAGAUGAGACAGAAAUAGGAGAGAAGGGUGUGAAUUUGUCUGGAGGACAGAAGCAGAGGGUGAGUCUUGCUCGAGCAGUUUACAGUAAUAAUGCAGUGUAUUUUCUGGAUGAUCCACUCUCUGCUGUUGAUGCACAUGUUGGUCGUCAUAUCUUUGAAAAAGUAAUUGGACCCAAAGGUUUACUGAAUGGCAAGACCCGUGUCCUUGUAACUCAUGGUAUUAGCUUCCUGCCUCAAAUGGAUAGGAUUUUUGUGAUGGUUGAUGGGAAAAUUUCAGAGUCUGGAACCUACAAGGAACUUGUAGAGCAGAAAGGAGCAUUUUCAGAAUUCCUCCGAAUGCAUGCACCAACAGAAAAUGAAGAUGACCCGGCAGUAAAGGAACAGAAUGAGAAUCCCAGUAGUCCACAAAAGACAUUGUACAAUUUCAUCCAAGGUGCCUUCGGCACGAGCAAGUCAACCUCCAGGUCUAAUGAUCAGGUAGCAACACAUUCAGAGCAGCAAAGUUCACCAAAAAUGGAAGACCCUGGAAAAGUAGAAAAAAAAGCAGCUGUUGUGAAACUAACAGAAGCUGACAAAGCUCUGACUGGUAGGGUAAAAUUCUCAGUUUUCUGGACAUAUGUAAAGGCAGUUGGAAUCUGCAUUUCUUUCUGGAUUAUAUUGUUCAGCAUUUGCCAACAUGUAACAUCCUUAUCCUCUAACUACUGGUUGAGUUUAUGGACAGAUGAUCCAGUUGUUAAUGGGACGCAACUGCAUACCACACUCAGAUUGGGAGUAUAUGGUGCACUUGGAAUAAUUCAAGGUCUUUUUGUGCUCUUUUCUUCAUUGAUGAUGAGCUUUGGAGGAAUAUCAGCUUCCCGUCGUCUCCACGUUCAUGUGUUAUAUGAUGUGCUGAUGUCACCAAUGAGCUUUUUUGAGCAAACUCCGAGUGGUAACUUGGUAAACCGCUUCUCCAAAGACGUUGAUACAAUAGAUGCGGUGCUCCCAAUGGUGAUUAAAAUGUUCUUGGGAUCACUCUUCAAUGUUCUCGCUGCUUGUGUGGUGAUUUUGGUAGCCACACCAUUAGCUGCAGUGAUCAUCCCACCACUGGGGCUUCUCUACAUUUUUGUGCAGAGAUACUACGUUGCUACCUCCCGUCAGCUGAAGAGGCUGGAAUCAGCUAGCCGAUCACCCAUUUUUUCAAAUUUCAAUGAAACUCUGCUUGGUGUCAGUGUCAUCCGUGCUUUUGGGGAAGAAGAUCGUUUUAUACACCAUAAUGACUCCAGGGUAGAUGAAAACCAAAAAGCAUAUUACCCUAGUGUUGUAGCUAACAGGUGGUUGGCUGUGAGACUGGAAUUUGUUGGCAAUUGCAUUGUAUUUUUUUCCGCCCUCUUUGCUGUGGCUUACAGAAAUACAGUCAGUCCAGGCAUUGUUGGUCUAUCCAUUUCGUAUGCUUUACAGAUAACGGCAACAUUAAACUGGCUGGUACGCAUGACUUCGGAAGUAGAAACUAAUAUUGUUGCAGUGGAAAGAGUGCAACAGUAUUUUGAGACUCCAAAAGAGGCACGUUGGGUUAUAAAAGAAAAUCAGCCCCCUCAAACUUGGCCUUGGGAGGGAAAGAUAGAAUUUAUAAAUUAUGGAUUACGGUAUAGGACAGAUCUCGACUUGGCCUUGAAGGACAUUACUCUAUCUAUAAAUGGAGGUGAAAAGAUUGGUAUAGUAGGAAGAACAGGAGCUGGGAAAUCAUCUUUUGCACUUGGCCUAUUUCGAAUAAUUGAACCAGCUGAAGGACAAAUAUGCAUUGAUGGAAUUGACAUUACAAAAAUAGGCCUACAUGAUCUCAGGUUUCAGAUUACAAUUAUACCUCAGGACCCAAUAUUAUUCUCUGGUUCACUUCGGAUGAAUUUGGAUCCCUUUGAUAAGUACUCUGAUGCAGAAAUAUGGAAAGCUCUAGAACUGGCUCAUUUGAACACAUUUGUGUCUGGUCUUUCAAACAAACUGAAUCAUGAAUGCUCUGAAGGAGGAGAGAAUCUGAGUGUUGGACAGCGACAACUGAUUUGUUUAGCACGAGCACUUCUUCGGAAAUCCAAAGUAUUAGUUCUUGAUGAAGCCACGGCUGCUGUAGAUCUAGAAACAGACAAACUCAUACAGUCAACGAUAAGAAACCAGUUUGAUGAAUGCACUGUACUCACAAUAGCACAUCGUCUCAACACCAUUAUGGAUUAUACACGGGUUCUGGUUCUGGACAAGGGUCAGAUUGUGGAGUUUGAUACCAUACCCAAUCUUGUACUCAGAAAAGGAACCUUCUACAAAAUGGCAAUGGACUCUGGUCUCUUGUAGCUUCUUUUGUUAUUUCAUCUUUACGUCCAAGUUGGAUAUGUUAUACAAACUGCUUAACAUGAAUAUAAAAUCCUUUUAAGUUGGCACCUGGCAUAUGUUUAUAAAAUGUUUUGUAUAAAACAAGUAUUUUCAUAUACCUGACUUUAGAUUUGAAAAAUUUUUGUUUAAGAUAAAUUGUUGCUUUCUUAUUUAAGUAUUUAUAGUACCUAUAAAUAUGAGAACCUUAAUAGGUGCAAGGCAUCGAAAUAUGUAGUGCAUUAUGGUACUGCAUUUAUUUUUUGACAAUUGUGUACAAUGUAAAAGUUUUAAAUCAUGAUGGAUGGAUAAUGAAUAAUAAAGUUGGUCGUAGCCAACUUUG